AUGGCCCCCGUGCCAACGGGUGAUCACGAUCAAGCGAGUGCUCUCGCCUUAUUCUGUACUGCAUCGGCAUUCGGUGACGUCGUCCCUAUUGCUACAGAUUCGUACCUCUGCCAACCGCCAGUCGCCUCCAGCGUCAAGGAUUUCUUGGACAAGUUGAAUGAUCAGUGGCGAACGUUUUUGGACAGAAUGGCCGCCCUCAAAGCCUACCGACUGUAA